AUGAAGGUCACGUUGUUGUUGUUGGCAGUAUUCGUCUGCGUGCAGAUAGCGAUCGCAGGCUUGAGUAUAGAAGCCAGAAAGGAAGGGGAUGCGUCUGUAGAAAGCUCCGGAUCGAAGAGUUCCCAAGUGGAGAAAAAAGAAGAAGCAUCGCAAAGCUCCUCGGCUUCUAAAUCGUCAAAUGAAAAAGAAAGCGCGAAAAUCGGCGGAGGCAUAGAAAGCAGCAAAAGCUUAGAAACUGGCGAAGGCUCAGAAAGCGACGGAAAUUGGAAAAACGGUGGAAGCUCGGAAAGCGGCGAGAAAUGGAAAAACGGUGAAAACUCGGGAAACGGAGGAAAAUGGAAUAACGGUGGAAGCUCGGAAAGCGGCGAAAAAUGGAAUAACGGCGGAAAUUCGGAAAACGGCGCAAAGUGGAAUAACGGUGCAAGUUCGGAAAACGGAGAAAAAUGGAAAAACGGUGGAAGCUCGGAAAGCGGCAAAAAUUGGAAGAAUGGCGGAAGCUCGGAAGGCGACAAAAAUUGGAAGAACGGUGGAAGCUCUGAAAGCGGCGAAAGUUGGAAGAACGGUGGAAGCUCAGGAAGCGGAGAGAAAUGGAAAAACAGUGAAAGCUCGGAAAACGGCGGAAAAUGGAAUAACGGUGCAAGUUCACAAAGCGGCAAAAAAUGGAAUAACGACGGAAAUAACGAAAGCGGCGCAAAGUGGAAUAACAGUGCAAGCUCGGAAAACGGAGAAAAAUGGAAGAAUGAUGGAAGUUCGGAAAACAGCGAAAAAUGGAAUAAUGGCGGAAACUCGGGCAACGACGGAAAAUGGAAUAACGGUGGAAGUUCCGGAAGCGGCGGAAAAUGGAAUAAAGGUGAAAGUUCGGAAAGCGGCGAAAGUUGGAAGAACGGUGAAAGCUCGGAAAGCGGCAAGAAUUGGAAAAAUGGUGGGAGCUCGGAAAGCGGCAAAAAUUGGAAGAACGAUGGAAGCUCCGAAAACAGCGAAAAUUGGAAGAACGGUGGAAGCUCGGAAAGCGGCAAGAAUUGGAAGAACGGUGGAAGCUCGGAAAGCGGCAAAAAUUGGAAGAACGAUGGAAGCUCCGAAAGCGGCGAAGAUUGGAAGAACGGAGGAAACUCGGAAAACGGCAAAAAUUGGAAGAACGAUGGAAACUCGGAAAGCGGCAAAAAUUGGAAGAACGGUGAAAGCUCGGAAAAUGACAAAAAUUGGAAGAACGGUGGAAGCUCCGAAAGCGGCAAAAAUUGGAAGAACAGUGAAAGCUCGGAAAGCGGCGAAAAUUCGAAGAACAGUGAAAGCUCGGAAAGCGGCAAGAAUUGGAAGAACGGUGGAAGCUCGGAAAGCGGCGAAAAUUGGAAGAACAGUGAAAGCUCGGAAAGUGGCAAAAAUUGGAAGAACGGCGGUAGCUCGGAGAGCAACGAGAGCUGGAAAAGUAGUGAAAGCGGAAAUAAAGGCGAAAGCUCAAAAGACAGCGAAAGCUGGAAGAGUAACGAAAACUCGAAGAACGACGACAGUUGGAAGAGCAGUGCAGAAUCAGAAAAGUGGAAAGAUGGUGAGGUAGUGGCGGAAGGCAGCGUUAGUAUAAACUGGGCAGAUGUCAAAGAGCAGGUUAGCAACAUUGCUACAUCGUUACAAGAGGGUGGUAACCUCAAGGCUGUAUUGAAAAUAAAGAAAGGGGAAAAGAAAAUUUCAAUUUUGGAAGAAAUCAAGGAGAAAAUCCAUGUAUUACUGAAAUGGAUUCAAGAAGGCAAAAAUAUUAGCAGCCUAUUAGAUUUGAAAGAGGGUAGCAAGGAUAUUGCGUCGUUGAAAGAAAUCAAAGAAAAGAUCCUUUUGGUCGUUAAGUUAGUGAAUGAAGGAAAAGACACUAGUGGUCUUUUAGAUUUAAAAGCGAGUGGCAAAGUAAUUCUAGAAUUGCAAAGCGCCGUAGAAGAGGUUCUCGUGAAGUUAGAGAAGAUGACCAAAGUAUCUGAAGCUCUUUCCGGUUUACUAAAAAACAAAGUUAUCUCAGACAUAAAACCGCUUCAAGCAGUAAUUCCUUUAGUUCUUGAAUUGCAAAAAACAGACAUUAAUCUUAGUAUCUUAAACAAGUGGUCCGGUACUAGCGUAAGUGCUAUAGACAUAGAACGCGUCACGAAAACGGUUCCAGUACUCCUUCAAUCCGUGAAAGGAGGGAUAGAUAUUCAGAGCCUUUUGAGUGUGAAAGGUGCAAAGAAACUUGGCAUUAGUGCUUUGGACUUGCAGGCUGUUCAAGGAGCUCUCGGCGUGGUUGGAAAGCUAAGUUUAGGUGGUGCGUUGAACCUAAAAAGCUUGUUGAACUUGAAAGGUGGCGCUAGUGUGUUAGGUGCAGGAAAGGUCCAAGGAUUACUUUCUUUACCGAAACUUUAAGAGAUAAACCGAUAAAGGCAGAUAUACUCUCGGAAGAUUUUUUUGGAAGUUGAAUAGUCUGCAAAAAAAUUAAUUCUGAUUAUUAUAAUUUAGCCUAAAAUAUUAAAUAAAAUGGAGAAAUAUAUGAGAAAUAAGGUUGAAAUAUAUAAAUAAUAAGUUUUAAUUUAUAUGUAA